AUGGCAGAGCCGGAGAGCCCCAAGCUCCCCUCGCGGCCGACCUCCAACUCGCCGGUAGCCCGUGCACUCGCCGCCCCUAGCUCCGCCGCGACCUCGCACAGCCUGCUCUGCCUUCAGCCUGACCUCGCCAGCUCGCCGCCACCAGCCCGCGCGCAAGCUCCGCCACCGCCGCUCGCCCUCCUUCGCGCCAUCAGCUCGCCGUCGGCCCCCGCGCCGGCUGCCACCAGCUCAUCACCGGCGCGCGCGCAAGCUCUGCUGCCCCCGCUCGCCAUCGAUCUGCUGCCGGCCACCUUGCCUCGAAAGUGCAUCGCCGCCAUUCGCAUCCUGGCUUACGGAUUACCAGCCAAUGCGGUCGACGAGUAUGUGCGUAUCGGUCCCUCGACAGCUCAAGAGGCCUUGAAGCAUUUCUGUCGAGCAGUCAUCGAUGCAUUUGGUGGAUACUAUCUGCGAGCGCCAACUGAAGAGGAUGUCCGCCACCUCGUCGAGGAAGGUGAACAACGGGGAUUCCCGGGAAUGCUUGGCAGCAUAGACUGCAUGCAUUGGACGUGGCGUAAUUGCCCAUCAUCGUGGAAGGGCAUGUUCACCGGCCGUGGGAAGUCACCUUCUAUGAUUCUAGAGGCUGUGGCGUCCAGGAACCUAUGGAUUUGGCACGCUUACUUUGGAAUGCCAGGUAGCUGCAACGACAUCAACGUUCUUCACAGAUCGAGUCUCUUUGACCGCUUCAUGCAGGGGACAUCGACGCCUGUGAACUUCACAGUCAAUGGGCAUUCAUACAACAUGGGAUAUUACCUGGCAGAUGGAAUCUACCCAGAUUGGCCCACAUUUGUGAAGACCGUCCGUCAUCCGAUGGAGAUGAAGACUCGCCUCUUCGCCGCAAAAUAG